AUGCGCUCAUACAUUAGAUCUACAAAAUUUAUAUGUACGGAAACGUGUCCUGCUAGAUUUCACUUUCCUAGAUUUAUCCCAAUGGAAUACAGUACAUUUUUUCCAUACUCAAACAGUGAUAGGAAUAAUAGUUUUAUAAUGGAUCCUCUAGAUUUUUUAGCUCAACAUCAUAUAGAUCAGAGCACAUUGAAAAAUUCAAGAAAAAUUGUCCCCAUAGAGGAAGAAUCUCCAUAUCCAAGUUCUUCAUGCUUUCCUCAUUUAAUAACUGAUGUACGUGACACGAAUACCUCCACGACUCAUAGAAGAACAUCAACUAGAGGUAGACGGCGUUAUAGAAGAACUCUACUACGAAACUGUGAAUCUCCACUUGUAUCCUCGUAUAGUUCAACUAGCCAUUCAGCCUCUUGUAACGGACUGGAUGAGCACUUACAGAGAAGAGCCUAUUUGAGGAACGCAGUACCUCCCCCAAAUACUCUAAGUGAUACUCCACUUUCAAUGAAAUCGAUCUCUACAGCUGAUCAAACCCCCCGUAUAUCCUGUAAACCUUCUUGGGAUGGAGGACGUUUAGUUAAACUCUUACAAGGUCAUGGGCUUAACAUUGAUUCAUGUGAAAAGAAACGAGAUACUAGAAAUAACUCUUGGCAAGAGUACAAUAACGUAUCUUUUAUUAAACAAAGCAAUUGUAAUAGUAGUUUGGUUGAUGAAGCAAGUGGAGGAAGGCAAGCUAGUAAAGACAGUAAUACUUUAGUAAAUAGAUUAGGCACAGCCAACUAUCUCGUAAGUAUUAAUCGCUCCCCUAAUAUAAAUAAUGUCGCUUCAGGAUCGAUUGGAUGUAGUGCAGCAAGUUGCUGCUCUCCUCCAAAUAAUAUGGAAGUGAGUAAGGAAGUGCCAAUAAAUUCGUCACCCAUUGACGCUAUAUUACUAGAUUCAAGAGGGAACAAAGCUUCGAUUUCGAAUAGACACUUAAUAUCUCAAAACUCCAUAAAUGGAGAAGCUGGAAUUUCUAUGGAAACUAUCGGAUGUAGUAAUGCUAACAGAUACUCUAGUAUCCGAAUGCAUUUGGAAGACAUAGAUGAGAUAGAUACCUUAGACGACCCUGACGAUGAACUAGUUUCUCAAAUUAUUUCUUGUUCGUCCAAUUCAUCAACGUAUAACACAUCUCAUGAAGAACUAUUUGUAACCUUGGGGGAAACUCCUACUUCAAAGUCCUAUUACAAUUUUCCUUCUAUAUUCAUUCCUAAUCAAGACUAA